AUGUUGUUAUUCCAUAGUGCACUUGUUCUUUUUAUUUUGGAAUUUCUCGAUGAGACCGCAUCGCUGUCGUCGUGCGUGAUCCCGCGAAUACCUCAUGGCCGCGUGCGCUCCAAGCAACGAGCGCGGAUAGCCAAAUUCGAAUGCCUAUCCAGGUAUCAGCUAGUGGGUAACAUGUACGCUGCCUGUCGUGAUGGCGAAUGGGACGUACCUUUUCCCGUUUGUAUUCGAUCUGGUUGUGCAGUACCUUCAAUUGAAAAUGGGGUUAAGAUGAGUUUGUUUGACGAUGCUUGGAUUACAUACUUCUGCAUGCCAGGGUAUCAGCUGGUUGGAUCACAGGUCAUCUUCUGCGAUGGUUUAAAGUGGAAUGCGACAGCGCCUACUUGCGUACUUGAGAAAGAAUUUCAUCCUAACCUCAGCUGUGACUUUGAGGACCCUGGUAUCUGUGGUUGGAGACAGGAUGAGCUUCAUGACUUCGACUGGAUAAGAUAUAAUGGGCAUGCGCCGCGGACAUUCCUGCUAACUGGUCCUUCGUUUGACCAUACCCUAGGCAAAGGAAAAGAUGGUCACUACAUGUACAUUGAAAGCUCGUUAUCGAUUCAGAAUGACACAGCUCGGCUAAUUUCCCCACUCUACGAUAGCUCGUACGCGGAGAAUGGAUGCUUUUCUUUCUUCUAUCACAUGUUUGGCGAAACUUGCGGAGAAUUGAGAGUGUACCAGAAGCCAGAAAACAUUGACAUCCUCAGUAUGUUGCGGCCGGUGAACCGAGAAAAAUAUUUAUUAUUUGAAAAGUGGGGUAAUCUAGGCGACGUCUGGUUUCAGUCAGUGACCGAUCUUAAGAAAUUCGGAGGUAGUUUUCAGAUUAUAAUAGAAGGAAUCCAUGGCGCAGGCUACACGAGCGAUAUAGCAAUUGACGAUGUCUCCAUCAUGCAAGGAGAGAAUUGUACUAAAGCAGCUCUUAAAGCAUUGACACCCUUAAAACAAUUUAAUUCAGAUUAUUCGUGUGCGAAUCGAUGCUCGCUUAUGGACGAAGAGAUAAUUCCGGCUUCGAGGUGCAGCUGUUCCCUGUCUUGUUUCGAACAACACAACUGCUGUUCUGACUUCUACACCUGCUUAUUUGCACCAACUCUACAGACAGUUGACGAUAACAUAGCAGCGAAUAGUUCCAAUGACAUAGUACCUCAAACGCAAAAACUCGUACAAUCAACACCAUUGACAACAUCUUCAACGUCUACAUCGACGAGUACAUCGACUAGUACAUCGACGAGUACAUCGACUAGUACAACGACUAGUACAUCUGCCACAACAUCAACUACGACAUCAACAACUCCAGCUACAACAACAUCUACAACAACAACCACAGCGAAACCAACAACAGUCAAAGUACGCAAAACAACUCCUAAGAGAAUAGCUACAACUCGAAAGUUGACUACUAAAACUAUUCCAAGCACCACUACUACAGCAAUUCCGACUAUAACUAAAACUACUGCAGCUACUGCGGCUCCAACAAAAUCUUCGCAUGGAGUAUCAAGGACGAUAGAGAAUCAUAACGUCUACCAUGAACUUGUUGAAAAGGCUAAGAAGGAGCAAAGUCUUGAAGCGGUGAAAAUAAAAGAAGCAAGUGCCGAUUCAAAAUCAGGUAGCGCGUGGAAGGUACUUUUAAUUCUGUGCAGUGUGGCGCUAUGCGCUUGCGCCGUUACGUGGUUAGGUUAUACAGCGCGAUCCGCCAGAGGUCGCUUCGCAAUCGUCCGGCUACGUUGUCGAGCACAGAACGACCAAGAAGUUCGAUAUCUCUCGAGCGAUGUUGAUGAUUGA